UCAACGGCGUUGCUUAACUCCUCAGUUUCAGGCUCUUGUUUUUAUUUAUCUCCCCCCAAACGCCACUGUUUUCACCUUCACCCACCUUCACUCACUCUCUCUCUCUCUCUUCUUCACACCAAUUCACAAAUCACCAAAAGCACCACUGCUAUUGAGAGAGAGGAUUCAGAAAGACAACAUCAAAAUCAAUCACACCAAGAUGCUGCUCGGAAAGAGACCUCGUCCUCCAAUGAAGAGAACCACAAGCAUGUCCGAAAUGACCUUGGAUCUGAACACCGCCGCCGCCGCCGAUGCCGCCGCCAACCAACAGAGAUCAGGUGUUGGUCCCGGUGCUGCAGCAGAUCAGACUACGAGGAUGUUGGCAACACCCAAAAUCCUCAGAAGACAUUCUUCGGAUUUCGGAGACACGCCUCCCUUCCUUCGCGCCUGCUCCCUCUGCAAACGUUGUCUGGUGCCCGGUCACGACAUCUACAUGUACAGGGGUGAUAAUGCUUUUUGCAGCCUGGAGUGCCGCCAACAGCAGAUGAACCAGGACGAGAGAAAAGAGAAGUUUGUCAUGGCGUCGAAGAAAAAGGUCGUGGCUACUCCACCGUCUGGGUCUCAAGUCGCCGUCGCCACCGCCACCAAGGGUGAAACAACCGUGGUGGCGUUGUAGAUGUGAAACCCAAACCAAACAUGUCAAAAACAUGUUUAUAUAGCUCUCCCUUUGUCUCUCUUUUUGUUUUUUUUUUUUCUGGCGUCUUUUUUUUUUAAUUUUUUUUACCGUGGCGACCUUUUGGAUAAUGGGAGUGUGGGUUGUUUUCCUUGCUUUCAUGGGCAAACUAGGCAAGUGUUAUUUUUGGAACUUGGAAGUACCUUGUAGCAAUCCCCCUUGGGAUUUUGAAUCCAUAGAUAAUUAAAAUGGAAAACAAAAUUUCAGAAUUGCAA